UGUACAUUUUCCCCUUUCCAGUAUACCUUCCCUCCCUCAUGGCUCGGGAUUCGGUGUCUGCCUGGCCUAUCCACAGCCGGUGUGGAACUUGGCUCCGGUGGAAUGUCUUGGAAGUGUGGAAUAAUAGAGAUCGACAUGUGACGUGUCUCCGUUGCCUGGCGGUCGGAAAUUUCUUCCGCCUGCAAUGAGCAACUCGAAAUUGGCGGUCGGCAUCUUUUUCCGGCGGGGACUCCCUUCUCUACUGUGUAUCGAGCUACCCUGUAUUUUCCUUGUUAUGCUAUACUCCGCAGCCAGCCCUGCCUUGCUUUGCCCGAGAUGUUCCACUUCAUCAAUCCCACGUUGUCCGUGCGUUUGCGCUCACUAAUGUAGGUCAGUGCGCUGCCGCUGUGAGAGCUUCCAUCCUCCCUAGCAACUGGGAUAGGCAUUGGUGUUCUGGCACAAAGGCCAUCUACUACUCCUCCUC